AUGGCCGAAGAACCCUCCACUGCCGUUGUACCAUCGCAAACCACAGCGGACAAAGAAGCGCCCUCAACCACCAUGACCGCAAACGAAACAUCAGCAGACAACACACCGACAGGCCAGGAGUCUGCCGCGAAAGAAGAUGCAGUUGCUACCACGGCGACACCAUCUGACCCCAAAGCCGCUCUCGCUGCGCGAAUGGCACGCUUCAAGGCGCUCCAGGCGCAAAAAGUCAGCGGCCGAAAAGCCACAGAGCGCGAGGUCCGCGAUGCCGAAGACCGCAGUGCGCGUCUUGCUCAAAUUUCCAAACUCAGUGCUGCCCACGACAAAGCCUCUUACAAGCUUCUCAAGUCCGAAGACCCUGACUUCGAGCGCAAGCGGAACUGGGACUACACCAUCGAAGAGAGUGAGAGCUGGGACAAGCGGCUAAAGAAGAAGGCCAAGAACAGGGAAGGCGUAGCCUUUGCCGACUACAGAAAUGAAGCAAACAAAGUAUACAAGCGACAAAUCGGCCAAAUGAACAAAGUCGACAUGGAAGCAUACGCCGAAGAGAAAGCCAGAAAACUCCAGUCCCAAGUAUCCUCGGGCCUCCUCCAACUCGUCGAAACCGACACGGGCGAAAUUUACACCAUCGACAGCCAAGGUCGCAUUAACACGCCCGUCGACGAAGCCUACAGCCACGACCACAAGCCUAGCAAAGAAGCCGUGGACCGCCUCGUCGAGGACCUCGAGAAGAGCGAGCGCUCUCGCUUAAAAGCGCGUGCCGCGCGCGGCAUACGCGACGAGCAGGAUAUGGGCGAUGUCACAUAUAUCAACCAGAAGAACAAGCAGUUCAAUGAUAAGCUAGCGAGGUUUUAUAAUCGGUAUACGACGGAGAUUCGCGAGAGCUUUGAGCGCGGGACGGCUAUAUGA